AUGCAAAACUAUCAUUACGAAACCGAUCGGGCAUCGAUUGCAUCGGUCGGUACUCCCUCGACCACCAAGAGCUUCUUGCCCAGACGCGUACCAAAGAGAGGGCAGACGGAUGAUACAUCGACUACAUGGCGCGGUAUCCCUCAGUCUGCCACAGCAGUGGCGAUGUGGGCGGCUGCUCCGAUGCCCAUGAACUCCAAGAUCGAGGGGACUUUGUCCGAGAGUACAACAGACUCGCAACCAAGCAUGGGCUACGUCUACUUUCGCCCGACGACGAUGGCCACUCCUCGAGAGAAACCUCCCCAAGUCCGCACAGAAGGGGAUGGUUUUCCCUUGGUACACUCAGCAAAACGGGACGUUCUCAAAGAUGAAGACUUGCAAUCUCUUGUCCGUUUGUGCGGCAAGAGCAUGUUCUACUUGCCAUCCGAAUAUGCGCCCAGCUCCUUGAUUCUCCCAACAUGCCUUCGCGCAACCGCCCAAUAUCUUGUACAACACGCUACGGAGACUCGCGGUGUCUUUAGAAUCCCUGGGUCUGUUCGAGUGGUUAAUGCCCUCUAUGACUACUACUGCGCCGAAGGAGAUCCGGACGAGAUAUCGAGCACAACCCGCUGCCCAAGCCUCCCAGUCCACAUUAAGGCCGGUGUUGACGACGUGGCUUCAGCAUUCAAGCGUCUUCUCUCUGGUCUUCCGGGCGGCAUCCUCGGAUCCCUCCCAUUGUUUGACACAAUGGUCUCAAUACAAAGUCAGUUAAACGGGGAUCCCGAGGUCACGAAAACCAAGCAGACGAAGCUCCGUGCCAGACUGAUUGCGCUGGCAAUUGGCAGUGUUAGGUCUCAAUUACGUCGGGAGCUGAUAUGUGCAGUCUUUGGUCUCCUGUGCUUGAUCGGACGCGUUGCUGAGACGGCACCCCGCGAGGAUGAAUUUGGAAGACCAUUGCCUACAGCAGACCUAAUGGGCUACAAUGCUCUAGGUAUCGUCUUUGGGCCGCUUUUGGCCGGUGAUCUUCUCAACUCCUACUCAAUCCGAAGCUCUAGUGUUCGCCUCAUACUAUCCCCAGUGAGCCCACCGCCCAACAGCAAGUGGGAAAAAAAGAAGUACAUGGCAUCAGAGGAGGCUAUUGCCCUUUGCUUUCCAGAUAUGGACAAAAUACAUGUUGCCAACAGCAUUGCCGAGAUGCUCAUAACCCAUUGGCGGGAGGUUGUCAAGCAAAUGAGGAGCCUUGAUGUGUUGAGGGUGGUUGGGUCGGGCAUUGCCGACCAUUGUACUUCACGAAAGGGAUCACUGCGUCCUUCCGUCUCGGAGCCAUUUGUUCUACGAAAGCCACCUGAAUGGCAACAGAAUGGUCCGCAAACAGGCUCUUUUCAAGUAUCGGAAUCCCCUAUUCCUCCGAGCCCAACGCCCGAAACUCGUGGACGAGUACCUAGCGGAGGACUACGAGCAGACAGACCGCGACCUACACUUGUGAUACCUCGACAGCGCCCAAGAUCCUCGCGCUCAUUGUCUCGGAGUCGACUGAAUACGCCAGGACCUGUGGUGUUAUUGUCUCCUACCGAGGAAGAGCCUUCUGCAGGUGGUGCGUCUCUCUCGAAAAGACAAUCAAAGGGCUCGAUCACGUUUGUCGAAGAAACACCAUCUCGUCCAUACCGUGAGGGUCAACAAUUUGAUUCUGAGUAUGCCGAAAGGAGACAGACAGGGUCCCCGACCAAAUUGCAACCUGUCAUACCAGACUCACAAAUGCCCCGGACAGUCAGACGUCGGGGCAGCCUGAUCAAAAGCUUUACAGAAGGGCUUGACGUCCAUCCAUUGGCCAGCUUCCGCGAUCGAAAAGGAAAUAAGAGUCAAGGGGAUGCGCCGGUGUCGGUCUUUGGUGAGCCGACGACCAAAAUGAGGAACUGUGGCUCUAGAGCAGAAGAUUCAGAGCUGACUCCAAAGCCAUCUGUGAGAGCCCCAUCACAGGAUCGUAUGUCCAUAAACAGUGGUCAAACGGAUGCAAAUGGAACGCUCCCGGACGGAAAGGUCAAAGUUAAGAGCUCGGGACACAGGCUUUCGAGGUUUCCAGGUUGGAGAUGGGGAGAAAGAUCUAACAAAUCGACAGACCCGGCUGAAUCAGCUGUAGAACAUCCUAGUUCCGUCGUAUCUUCUUCAGGACGCUCUUCUCGCCAAAAGGGUCGACGAAGAUUGUCAUUCCACUUGCGAAAAUCGAUAACAGCGGCUUCGGCGGAGGAACAGGCAGGUCAACAAGUCCUUGAUCCCUCUCAAACCCCAACGGAGUGUUCAGCUGGCGCUGAGGAGACACCAAAACCGAGUGUCAAAACUAGCCAUUAUUCUGGCGGCCCUUUGAGUCACUUUGCAACAUUAAGCCGGGCUACGGGCCGCAUAGCUCGAACGGAUCGCAGUCAAGAACCUCCCAGUAGACCACCAACAGCACAUGAACAAUCUCACGCAAAAUCACGGGCAAGAUCGUUGGCAUCGAAGAUACCUCGCGCACGGAGAUCCGAUCGGCGACAGACUCAAAGGUCUAGUCGGGAGUCUAUUCGUCGUAGUACUAUUCCCAGCAAGAGUCCUUCCAAACAUAUUCUUGCCUCUGUUCCUCCUGAGGUUCAAUAUGAAGAAGAUCGGAUCAUUUCUGGCCAGGAGAAGCAAGUGCCGGGGUCAGGACCAUCGGCUGUCCUGAAACAUGACCGCAUGGCUGAUUACGCACUGUCCGCUACGUCCUUUGAUGGAGAUCUCCGACCACCAACUACCCCCUCAAGGCCAACAUCUUACUACAGCAAGUCCUUCACCGGGAGUGCGGUUAGGGCAAUGGCUGCGAUGUUUGAGUCUGCUGCUGCGAAGGACAAAGACUUGAAGAGGCCUGAAUUUCUCCCCAUGCCUACGAGAAUGACUGGUAGUGUGCUUUCGCAUUAUACUGUGAAUCCGCCAUCACCACGGAAAUCACUGUCGUCGCCAUUCGAAACACCUGAAAAAGGUACCGGUGGCAUUCAUACAGAAGGGCGCAGGGAACAUGCAGAAUCUAAAGGCAGUUCCAACAAGAGUUCCGGACGAGGAAGUCAUGAUGGGGUGGAUGACGAGGACGAGAGAACAACGAGCCUAGCCGUGACAUGGGAAAGGAGGUCAAAGAACUCGAAUGAGCGGGCGAACGAGCAACAAAGCCACAAGCCAACUAGAGACCCUUAUAAAAGGGCCGUUAAGGACCGCUCAUUUGAACAGGAGGGCGACGUUCGGUUGAUCCGACCAACGACCAGUGCUGGCGGCAACAAUACUAAAAGCUUGUUCGGCAACGAAGCUCAAUACGUACCCUUACCACAAUCACCUCAUAUACUGAGACCUUUCAGCGCACCCAUUGGAGCUCCAGAUGCAAACAAGGGCUCCAGGGUUCCGAUCGAAUCCGGCACUUCGAACUACGACUUGAUGAUUCUCCAAGCGCAAAUUCGCCGCCUGCAAACACAACUCGACAUCAAGACGGAGGAAAACGACCAUCUCCGCCGCAAACUAGCAAGCUUUGGUGCGGGUCAGUGUAGUCUCCCGAAGGAAGUAAGCGUACGACGAAGCACAAGCAUCAAGUUGAGCGAGCACCUGCGGCAGACGGAACGCGAGUGCAAGGCAUGGCGGGAGAGAGCAGAGGCGGCGGAGAUGAGAGUGGCAAUUUUGGAGAGGUUGCUGAGGAGUAAGGUGGACGGGAAAUCUUUCAAUGAGGAAGAACGUGGAGGUGAGAAGAUGACUACAGACUCAAAAGCCAAUCCACCAUCCACUUCUCAGCACACUUUUACAACAGAAGUUUACCGAAGCAAUGGAACUGUUCGAGAUCGACUCCGAAAGUUGUGCGGGGCCCUGGACGGUUGCUCUGAGAUCGAAUCCUAUGAAGAGUUGGUGGAGGAGGAGGAAGAAGGCACUGUGAGGUGUGCUAGUGUACCUGUAUGGAGUGAUGGAGAGUAUGAAGGCCCAGGGUCAUCUAGUGAUGAAACACCAGAACGGAGCAAGGACGAACGGUGUGUGUUGCAGGAGAAAGAGGUGGAUGUUCAACAAAUUACCACGGGGGAAGACGACAAUGAUGAUGGUGUCCUGGAGCAAGAUAUAGAGUUGCCAGACUGGGAUGCGAACGGCAGACAUUCUUAUGGCACAGAUGAAGGGGAAGAGGAGCAUCUAUCUGCGAAAAUAGGAAGUUAUGAGCAAGAUGACUGUCACGCAUUGGGAAAGGAUGGCAAUGCACUUGACGCCAACAGAGCAACACUUGAGAUAGGGUUGGCUGGAUCCUCUGACAUCAACGAUCUCGCAUGGAAGAUAUGCGAAGAUGCCGAAGAGGGCGUGGCGGUGGAUAAGGCGGAGGGAGAGACAAUGGCAGUCAUGAAUAAGUGGAUGACAGAGAAUGAUGAAAAUGGGAAGAGGAAGAGGAGGAAGAGAAGGGAAAGUGUGACAAGCAUCGACUUGUGGAUGUAA